CGACUUGCUGUUGUUAAUUGGUUAAUCGCUGCCGAAAUCUACAAAAAAACAUGGUUUUUCCUACUAACAGUCUAAUAAUACCGUUCAUCGCAUUUGUGGGAGUCAUCAUAGUUGGAGUUGAGGCUCAAUUUGAUGAUGUUCGAUGUAAAUGUGUGUGUCCACAGGAUCCUGCAAACAAUCUGACUAGAAACAUCUAUAUCAAGAAUGUAAUCCCAGAACAAUGUUCAUGUGCACAUAUUGUGAAAAGAGAAGAAAAGUUUUGUUUACUUUGUGAAUGUAAAUAUGAAAUCCGAAAUACUACAACCAUAAAGGUGAUGGUAAUAUUUGUUGUUUGUCUUAUUGGAGUACUUUUUGCAUAUAUGAUGAUAAUGAUGUGUUUGGAUUAUAUCUUAAGUCACAGGUCAACUCCGCAUACUCAACGACUUGAUGAUGAAGGGGAAAUGACACCAAUUGCUAGACGUCGCGGUGGCUACUUUCAGAGAAUGGAGUCCGCAACACAGAGGUGGAAGCGUCAAGUACAAGAACAGAAAAAGAAUGUGUUUGAUAGGCAUGCUAUGCUUAGUUAAAUUACCGUCUGGGUGAUCAAGCGCCCUCCUGUGGUGAACUGUUUUUUAAAUGUGUUUUUGUAAGCGCCCUCUGGGGUUCAACAAAUAUCUGUGAAAAAUAGCAGUAUAUAUGAAUGUAUUAGGCAACUGUUGCCUAGACGAUGUGUAACAUUAUGUGACAGUAUUAUUAAUGAGGUGUAAAUAUUCAGACAAAGUUUGUCCCAAUGUGUUGAACUAAGUCAUUGAAAUGCAGUGAUAAAUAGCAGCUUUAUGCCUUGUGACCAGGAGCUGUUACUUGUUUCAUGUAAUUUAUUAUGUUUAUUGUUCCUAACAAAAGUAUCUAACAAAAGAUGCUUCUGGGUUAAAGUUCAUUUCACAUACAA